GAUUCUCGUUGGCAUUUUCGCAUUCGCUGUGCUGUCGGCUCAAGCACCUUUAAUAGAUGGCGCCAGAAUACUUGCAGUCUACACAUAUCCAGCCAGAAGCCACUUCCAAAUGCAUCGAGCUCUGAUUAGCGAGUUGGUGAAACAUGGCCAUCAGAUAACUAUGAUAACCGCAAUUACGCUGGAACCACUCAAAUUGGGUAGCAACUACACAGAGAUACUCAUUGAACCAGAGAUUGAUAGCACGCAGCUUAUAAUUGAAAAAACCGGAAUAAAAUCUGUAUUCGAACUAAAACUUAGCCUAUCGUUUUAUUUCGAACUCCUAAAGUAUGUAACUGUGAUCACUAAUGAACAUGCGCUAAAGCAACCAAAAGUUCAGGAAAUUAUUAAUGCUAAACAAACUGAAGGCGUUUACGAUUUGCUGCUGGUAGAACAGUUGCAUCAAGAACCCUUUCUCGCCUUGGCUCACAUCUAUAAAAUACCCGUUGUCAGCUCCGCCACAUUUGCGCACCAAAGUUACUUUAGUCAAAUGUUCGGCUAUGUGACACCGUGGUCGUAUGUACUUACGGAAUUUUUACCAUUUUCUGAUCGCAUGAACUUUUUGGAACGCGCUGUGAAUAGCUUUUGCUCACUUCGCCUUGAUUUGUUUCGUGAAUUCGAGUAUUUUCCGGCAAUGGAUGCGCUUGUGCAGAAAUACUUUGGAUAUUUGCCAAUUAAAUUCCCCAGUGUUUCGGCGAUGGAGAAGAAUCAUUCUGCCAUGUUGAUCAAUAGUUACACGCCUUUAGCGAACGCGAUGCCUAAAAUGGACAACAUGGUUUAUAUUGGUGGCCUACAUAUCUAUCCAACAAAGCCACUUCCCACCGAUUUACAGAAAUUCUUAGAUGACGCAGAACAUGGUGCUAUUUACUUCAGCUUUGGUACAAUGAUUAACUCCAAGGACAUGCCAGCAGAAAAGCUAGACAUAUUUCUCAAUGUCUUCCGCCAGUUGAAGCAACGCAUUUUAUGGAAAUUCGAAAACGACAGCAUACCAAAUUUACCAGCUAAUGUUAUGAUUAAGGACUGGUUGCCACAGAAUGAUAUCUUGGCACACCCUAAUAUGCGCGCUUUUAUCUCCCAUGGAGGACUCUUUGGCUUACAAGAAGCCGUAUAUCAUGGUGUCCCAGUGGUGGGCAUGCCUUUCGUAUUCGAUCAGCUAUUAAACACGAAGAAAGCUGAAAUGGCUGGAUAUGCAGUUACUUUGGAUUUCCAUACGACCACACAUGACGAUUUGAAGAAUGCUCUGGAGGCGGUGCUUUUCAAUCCCAAAUAUCGUGACACUUCCAAACGGUUCUCGCAUAUUUUCCGCGAUCGUCCAACUGGUCCGCGAGAGACGUUGCUCUAUUGGAUCGACUAUGUGAUACGCCACAAUGGUGCGCGACAUCUGCGCGCUGCUGGCAUGGAUUUGACAUGGUACCAGUUCUAUUUGCUCGAUGUAGCUGCUCUGGUUAUGGCUGUUGCGGUAGCAAUAGUCGGAGCUUCUGUUCUGUCACUGCGUUGGCUUUUGAGAAGGUUAAGAGGUGGAGAGAGUAAACAAAAAGUACAAUAGGGAAAUAAAUUACACGGAUGGUCUCGUUCUUGUCAAAGAAACAUC